UCUGCUUCAAUCUCUCUUCUCUGUCUCAUCAUCAUAUCAUCUUCACUUAAAACCAUCAAAUCCAGUCCUUCGAUCGAAGCGAUCCUUCUACCUCAGUGCCUUUUCUUAGAUUAGUGAGAUCCUAAGGCUGUAUUUGCCUUUUCUCUUGGUGAGAUCCUAGAUUAGGGAUUUUUAUCCAACAAAACCCGUGAACAAUAUGUCGCAAAUAAGUGAGUUGUCUGAUGAUUUGCUCGUUAAGAUAUUAUUGUUCCUUCCAACAAAAGUUGCUGUCUCAACCAGUGUUUUGUCGAAACAAUGGAAGUUUCUUUGGAUGUGGUCGCCUAAACUUGAUUUCGAUGAUUACAGAGAUAUUAAUCAUACAAAAAAGUCUUCACUUCUGAUGUAUCGUUAUGAGAAUCUGGCAUUACACAGAGCGCCGAUCCUAGAAAGCUUGGUCCUCAAGUUUCGUUUUAAAUCCGAGAAUAUUAAACAGUGGGUUGGAAUUGCAGUUUCUCGCCGAGUGCGCGAGCUAAGUAUCAGCUAUUUGUAUGUAUGGGAUGUUAAUUCUCAGGUAUUACUGCCGUGUAGUUUGUAUUCAUGCACAUCGCUCGUGACUUUGAAACUUGAAGGCAAAAACAUUCUUGUGGAUGUUCCUCCAACUGUUUGUCUCCCUUCCUUGAAAACUUUGCAACUUCUCCGUGUGACAUACUCGAAUGAAGAUUCUCUUUCGCUGCUUUUAUCCUACUGCCCUGUUCUUGAAGCUUUGAGUAUUGACCGAGGCUAUUAUGACAAUAUGAGAGUUUUAGUUGUUGAUGUACCCUCCUUGCGGUGUUUAUCUUUAAAUAUAAACAGUGAAUGUUCUUCUGAUGAUGGGUGUGUAAUAGUUACCCCUUCUUUGAAGUCUUUCUAUGUUGUUGAUACUACAAGUAAAUGCUCCUAUUUGGUUGAGCCUAUGCCUGAUCUUGAAGAGGCAAAUAUCUUUGUUAAGCAAAACCCCGAGAAGCUUCUCGUAUCAAUCACAUCUGUCAAACGUCUUUCAUUACGAGUAGACUUCAACAGUAAGGAAGAUCCCGGGUAUGAUGCUGGUAUUGUCUUCAAUCAGCUUGAACAUCUGAAGCUAUGUAUAAUCAACGAUUAUUGGUCCAAGUUACUUGUCCGGUUGCUCAAAGAUUCAUCUAAACUCCGAGUCCUCAAUCUUGACGCUUCUGUAAGUUUUUAUUGA